AUGAGGCAUCAAGUACUCGGCCUCCUCGCAGCGGUGGGCUUUGCCGCUGCACAGGGCGUCACUGACAAGGUCGCACCCCCGGCUCCUCCACCGGAGGGCUGCAAGCCCAACGUGGACGGCAAAUUCGAGAUUGCGGUUUUGGAAAUUGGCAGCACCCAAAAGAGAGAUACAAUCCUGCAGAAACGGGCAGCUUGCUCCGGAGACGGCAUAUUGGUAGCCGAGCUUUCUGACGGUGUCAUUACCGACGCGCUGAACCGGACCGGGUACAUCGCAUCCAAUUUCCAGUUCCAAUUCGACAAGCCACCCCAGGCGGGUGCGAUUUACACCGCUGGGUUCUCGCACUGCAACAAUGGGUCGUUGGCGCUCGGCGGCUCAGCCGUGUUCUACCAGUGCCGCUCCGGCAGCUUUUCCAACCUGUACGACCGAUGGUGGGCGAUGCAGUGCUCUCCGGUGGAGAUCCUGGUGAUGCCGUGCGGCGGCGAUAACGACGAGGGCCAGCAUGUCGUAGGCACCUCGGCUAUGACUACGACAGUGACAGUCCCGCUAAGCGAUGGCCAUACGAAGGUCAUCACCACGACCCAGUUGGUGCCGAUUUGCCAGAUAGACGAUGGUAAGUUCCUC